AUUCUGGGGAAAGCCCGGUCUGAUUAGAAGGGACGGCAUUCAUCCCACCCGGGAUGGUGCAGCUCUUAUGUCUAGAAAUCUGGCCAAUGUUAUUAGACACUCCCCCUGACAAUGCAGGGUCCAGGCCAGGAUGCAGAGCUGUAGUUUAACAGGGCUGGAGGCGAGGCUUAGUCAGUUAGAGGUGCCUAGCAAAAUAGAAGUGGUUGCAGUUCCCCGCCCUCCAAAAGUUCACCAGGUGCAGCGUUAUAGAGGCGUUAACCAAGAUAACCUUGUAAAAAUUAAAACCAAUGCACAUUUGGUACCAAUUACAGACCGAAAAAUUAGAUGCGGACUACUAAAUAUACGAUCAUUAAGCUCUAAGUCUCUGUUAGUAAAUGAUAUAAUUACAGAGAGCAGGAGUGAUAUUUUCUGCUUAACAGAAACAUGGUUACAGGAGGAAGAGUAUGUUAGUUUGAAUGAAUCAACUCCGCCCGGCUACUUUAAUCAUCACAUUCCUAGAAGCACGGGCCGAGGCGGAGGAGUCGCAGCAAUUUAUAACUCCGGUCUCCAAACAAAAAUUGAACCCAAGUGCAACUAUAAUACAUUUGAAAGCCUCAUGCUUGGUCUGAAAUUUCCGAGCCGGAAAUCAGAGAAGCCAGUUGUGUUAGUGGUAGUGUACCGGCCCCCUGCUGGUGCGUAUCUGGAGUUUUUGUCUGAAUUUUCAGAUUUCCUUUCUGGAUUAUUGAUCAGCACAGAUAAAUUCAUCAUAGUGGGUGAUUUUAACAUUCAUAUGGAUGUUGAAAGCGAUAAUCUUAAAUUAGCCUUCGAUUCUCUUCUAGAAUCAAUGGGUAUCUCACAAAAAGUGGAUAAACCGACGCACUGUUUUAAUCAUACUCUCGAUCUCGUUCUCACCUACGGUGUUGAAACUGAUGGUCUGUUGGUGUCACCUGUAAACUCCCUUUUAUCCGACCAUUACUUAAUAACGUUUGAAUUUAAUUUUGUUGAUGUUGAAGUGCAAAAUAGGAGGUAUUAUUUUAGCAGAUGUUUGUCUGAUGAAGUUAUUGUUAAAUUUAGGGAGGCCAUUGCUUAUCUUACGACAGUGCGAAAUAGUGAUGUAGUCGAGGCCAGUGACCUGGGUUCUACCUCUGCAGAUGUUGAUUUCCUUGCUAGUAACACUGCUGAUUUGUUGCAUUCAGCUUUAGAUGAAGUUGCUCCUUUGAAAAGGAGGGUUUCUAGCCACAGGAGCUUAACUCCCUGGUACAAUUCAGAUAUCCGCAUGUUGAAACAAAACGUGCGUAAAAUGGAAAGGAAGUGGUACUCUUGUAGGUCUGUAGACUCUCAUCGUGAAUGGAAAGAUAUUCUAAUAGUAUAUAAAAAAGCCAUUCGCAAAGCCAGAACAGCUUAUUAUUCAACGCUGAUAGAGGAUAACAAAAGUAACCCACGUUUUCUGUUCAGCACUGUAGCCAGGCUGACAAAGAGUCACAACUCUGUUGAGUUCGACAAUGAUGUUUUUGUCAGCGUGAUCCUGUUUCUGCGCUCUGCUGCCUCGGUCACCUGUCACGUGACCUGCUCUUACGCUGCUCUGUCAGUGCAGCUGCUGUUGGAAAACGCACGGAAGAGACGUGGCCUUGACGGCAGCGCAUGUUGA